AUGCUGUCAUCUUGGUGUUUUAUUCCUCUCCUAGCCGCGUCGUUUUUCGGCCCAAUCCAGGCCGCAAACCAGGUUCCGUUGUCGGCUGGCCAGUCUGAAAGGGCAACAAGUGAAGCGGGAUUCCAGAUCUUUACAAGCAAGCAUUCUCCUCAGCAUUCCAUCCGCAUUAAGAGACAAGAUGACUCAAUUUGUGAUGCUCACUCCGCCCAGUACACCGGGUGGCUGGAUAUCGGACCGAAACACCUUUUCUUCUGGUACUUUGAGAGCCAGAGCGAUCCUGAAAAUGAUCCCCUCACGCUGUGGAUGACUGGAGGACCAGGCUAUUCCAGCAUGAUUGGAAUGCUUGAGGAGGUAGGCCCUUGUUCAGUCAAUGAGCAUGGUAAUGGCACGAACUACAAUCCAUGGGGCUGGAGCAAGAAAUCAUCAAUGCUCUUUGUUGAUCAGCCCGUUGGUGUCGGCUUUUCUUAUGGCGAUGAAGGUCAUGAGAUUCCGAACGACUCAUAUCUAGCAGCAGUGGACAUGCAUAGAUUCCUUCAGCUAUUCGUAUCUGAGGUUUUUCCGAACAAAUUGCAUACUCCAUUUCAUAUUUCGGGAGAAUCGUAUGGUGGACACUAUAUUCCGUACCUUGGAGCCCAAAUUGUGCGACAGAACAAACUUUACUCCAAUGAGCCGCAAGUACAGCUCAAGUCCUGCUUAAUAGGCAAUGGUUGCAUGUCACACAUGCAUACCGCUUUCGGCUACUGGGAGACCCUUUGCACGACCAACCCUGGCGUUGAGAAGCCUGUCUUCAACGAAACCAGAUGCGACAUCAUGGCAAAGAACAUACCAAGAUGUAUGAAAUUAGCUGAAGUUUGUCGUCGCAACCCAGAUCCAGCAAUAUGUCUCUCGGCCAAAUCUGUCUGCGAUGAGGGCAUUACUGGAAUGUACGACAAAGAGUCUGAUGUCAAAGGAGGUCGCAAUAGAUUCGACAUUACCGUCCCUUGUCAGGUUGACGAUAUCUGUUAUGUUCAAGGCGUUCACCUUCAGAGUUAUUUGAACUCAAAGCUUAUUUGGGAUGCUCUCUCCCCUCCAAAAGAAGUCAAAGAGUACAAGUAUGCUUCCAAACCUGUCGAAGAUGCCUUUGACCUAACUUCGGACUCAAUGGUACCUUCAACCGAAGAAGUCGAGUUUCUCCUUGCAAACCAAGUUCACGUAAUGAACUAUCAGGGUAAUCUAGACCUUGCGUGCAAUACCGCAGGGAACCUGAAAUGGAUGCAUGAUAUUCCCUGGAAAGGACAAGCUGAGCUGUCUUCUAAACCUCUAAUUCCAUGGAAAUCUGUCCUCUCAUCGACAGGGAAGAAUGAGACAGUGGGGAGCAUGAAAGAAGUCAAAAUUCGUGUGACGGAUAGCGCAACGAUUGCUACUAGAUACGCCUUCGUAACGGUGGACAAUGCUGGCCACAUGGUUCCGCAAGAUCGGCCUGACGUGGCGUUUGAUUUGAUGAACCGCUGGAUUUCUGGUGAGCCGUUUGUAUAA